AUGGAGGCAAGAUGGAGACCCAUAUGCUACGAAAGAGUAGACAAACUGGUUCGGAGGUGGUCUGGAUCUCCAGACAAUCGUUUCCCAUUUUCGUCCCAGAAUGUUGAUGUUAUGAUUUAUGAGUUGUAUGAGGCUGUUCGCGAUGAGAACCAAGAUGUGUACAACUUUGUUGGCGUAUUGGACGAAGUUUCUGGACGAAAACAGCUCGACUUGUCCAUUAUUAUCGAUCAAGUCACACCAGCUGGUGAUUCGUUGCUUCAUGUUGCUGCUGAAUUUGGGAGGAAAGAGAUCGCAGAGCUAAUAGCUUGUUUCUUUCCAAAGCUCCUGUACAAGGCAAAUAUAAAAGGCGACACUCCACUCCAUGUUGCUGCUAGAGCCAAGAAUAAUGAAGUGAUGAAGAUCAUUCUCUUGACGUUUGAAAAUAUUGAUACAAGUCACUUGAUAACAUCAGAGAACAAGUUUGGGAACACACCUUUGCAUGAAGCUGUUCUCAGCAAAAAUCUUGAUGGUGUGAAUAUACUAUUGAAAGCUCAUGACGAUGUUGCUCUGGCUCGUUAUUGGAACAACACUUAUCCUAAUAAAUCGCCAAUGUAUUUGGCAGUCCUGACAGGGGAUUUGGAAAUUCUUCAUCGUCUCUUGCAAAUUCCAUUCCCUUCAAAUCUGACCAUUUCAAAUUGUCGAGGAAACUCUCCUCUUCAUGCCGCCAUAUUAGAACGCAAACCUGAUGUAUUGCAAGAGAUACUCAACGUAAGAGAAGAGUUAAUGUAUCUAAGAGAUGAAAAUGAAGAAACUCCUCUUCAUUGUGCUGCACGCGUUGGUUACUUGGAAGGUGUUAGCGUACUGUUAAACAAAUCUAAUUUGACGGCCUUUCAAAAAAAUUCAGAAGGCAAUCUUCCAGUUCAUCUUGCUUGUGAGGGAGGCCAUGUUCGAGUGGUCAAAAAAUUGCUUGAAGAAAAGUGUCCUUGGCCUGAUGUUAGGCUUUGGCUCAACAAUAAUGGCCAAAACAUGUUUCACAUUGCAGCAAGGAAUGGAGAAAAAAAUGUGGUGAAAUACUUGUUGAAAAACCCCAAAAUUAUUCAUGAUGAAACCAUGAAUGAGAAAGAUGUAAAUGGAGAUACCCCACUUCAUUUGGCUUCAAGAAACCUUUGUCUUUGGACCCUGCUCCAUCUCUCACGAGACAAAAAGAUUGAUGUGAACCUUGUCAAUAAUGAAGGUUUCACAGCUCGAGAUAUUGUUCGGGUGCAAUCAAAAAUUCCAAUGAGACAUCAAGAGUUUCUAGCAGAUGUAAUUUUGAAAAGUGCUGGUGUCCCCUUGAAGACAAAUAUAUUGGGUGUAGGACAUGUAGCAUCUAUCAAUAGAGAAUGGAACGUGAAGGAAGCAGCCAACACACUCAUACUUGUGGCUAUACUAAUAGCCACAGUUACAUUUGCUGCUGGUUUCACAGUUCCAGGUGGCAUACAUGAUCCAGAUGAUAAAAUCCCAAAAGAAAGAGGCAAGGCAGUUUUUGCUUGUCAUACAUUAUUCGACAUAUUCAUGACUUUCAACACAAUCGCUAUGUAUAGUUCCACCUUGGGUUCUAUUAUUCUUCUAUGGGUCCAAUUGGGUGAUCGUCAUUUUGCUGAAGGAGUGUAUAGGUUUGCUAAGAUUUUUGUUUAUGUGGCUCUUUUAACCAUGCCCAUUGCAUUUCUAGCUGCUAUAUGCUUGACAGUGAGCAAUAAUCCAUUGCUUACAUGCAUUCUAAGUGUCAUUGGAUUCAUCUUCAUUUUCUUCAUCUUGUUUGCUCGUAUUUUGGGAAGAUUCCCACUUGGAAUUCGCCUUCCUGUUGUUCGUCAAAUUGGAGAUCUUUUCAUUAGGAUUAUUCUUAUUUUGUUUUAUGAAAAGAAUGAUAUUUUGCUUGGUGAAGAAGGUGGAAUCAAUCAAUACCAUCCAAAUGAGAAAGCUAACAAAGUCAUCAAUAAAGUUGACCAAGUCAAUCCCUUGGAUAGAAAAGAUCAAAGCAAUGAAGUCUGUGAAGUCCGUCUUGUCAAUCGAUUUUAUGCAUUUGGGUCCUACCAUUUAUCGGGCCCAUAGCUAUGAGUUGGGGUGUCCAUCCUUGUCCUUAUCCAAUGGCGGAGGGAGACCAGCAAGGGUAGUGGCUUUCACAAUUUUUUUAAAUUUUUUUAUGUUAUAUAGGUGUUGCAUACUUCAAGUCUCCCUAAAAUUUAUAAAAACUUUAUAGCAUAUAUGCUUUUUAAUUUCGACCUCCCUUAUUUUUAAAUCUUGGCUCCGCGGUCCUUAUCCAGUCAGCUUAUGACUCGAUU